UUAACAAUUUACCAGGGAUGGCUUCGGCGGAUCAUUCAAGCAACGAUCCGCCACUGGGAUCCACAUAUUCCUCAGCACCCAAUUUAGACUCGGACAUUAAUGCAAAUGCCCGCGGUCGUAUUUAUCAGAAUGGGACAGACCACAAUAUCAACAUCUACAUCGAAGCCCUGCGAGGAGCCAGUGACCCCAGCGCGUACCCGUCCACCGACUACCGGGCGCUGGUCCGCCAGAGGUUCAUUCGGCGGAGUUUGUGGGUGUCAGACGCCGAGGAGCAGCAGCAGCAGCCGCCGGUGGACACGCAGGAGUGUGUCAGCAGCAGCAGCAGCAGCAGCCCGGUGCCCCACAUUGACCUGCGGACAAUCGUCGAUCGGAGUCGGACCCGGGUUCUGCAGGGGACCCGCCUGGGCCUCCAGAAGACUUCGAGCACAGAGAGCCAGGUGGGGAUGAAGGACAGCGCCGUAGAGAGCGUGAGCGCCGACGAGGAGAAGCGGGACCGGGGCGGAGCAGAGCCAAAGGUGGAGGUGGAGGUGGCACCCUCGGAUGUCACAGGUAAAGCAGGAAGUGACGAGAACGAAGAGGAGCCCGGGAUGAAGGCUGUGUCCACUUCACCUGGGGGUCGCUUCCUCAAGUUUGACAUUGAGCUGGGGAGAGGGUCCUUCAAGACCGUCUAUAAGGGUCUUGACACCGACACCUGGGUCGAAGUGGCAUGGUGUGAACUUCAGGAACGGAAACUAUCCAAAGUUGAGAGACAGAGGUUCAAAGAGGAGGCCGAGAUGUUAAAGGCUCUCCAGCAUCCCAACAUCGUGCGAUUUUAUGACUUCUGGGAAUCACCGGUUAAAGGGAAGAAGUGUAUCGUUCUGGUAACGGAGCUGAUGACCUCAGGGACACUUAAAACGUAUCUGAAGCGUUUUAAAGUGAUGAAGCCUAAAGUUCUUAGGAGCUGGUGCAGGCAGAUUCUCAAAGGCCUCCACUUCCUCCACACAAGGACUCCUCCAAUCAUCCACAGAGAUCUCAAGUGUGACAACAUCUUCAUCACUGGUCCCACAGGCUCUGUUAAAAUAGGAGACCUGGGCCUGGCAACACUGAAGAGGGCCUCCUUUGCUAAAAGUGUCAUUGGCACUCCAGAGUUCAUGGCCCCAGAGAUGUAUGAGGAGCACUAUGAUGAGGCUGUGGAUGUCUACGCCUUUGGGAUGUGCAUGCUGGAGAUGGCCACCUCAGAAUAUCCUUACUCUGAGUGUCAAAAUGCUGCUCAAAUCUACCGCAAAGUCACCAGUGGGGUGAAACCUGCCAGCUACAGCAAAGUGAGUGACCCAGAAAUUAAGGAAAUAAUCGGGGAAUGUAUCUGCCACAGAUGGGAAGAAAGGUACUCCAUCAAGGACCUCCUGAAUCAUGCCUUCUUUGCAGAGGAUACAGGCGUGAGGGUGGAGCUCAAUGAAGAUGAUGAUGGGAAGAAAUCGUCCAUUGCCCUGAAGCUUUGGGUUGAGGAUACUAAAAAGCUGAAGGGGAAGUAUAAGGACACUGGUGCCAUUGAGUUUUCCUAUGACUUGGUAAACGAAGACCCGGAGGUUGUUGCACAAGAAAUGGUGGAAUCAGGUUUUUUCCUGGACUGUGAUGUGAAGGUAGUUGGGAAGUCCAUCCGUGACCGCGUGGCUCUCAUCAAAUGGAAGAGGGAGCGUACCGUCUCGUCAGGACUUGGCGAAGCAGCCGUGAAGAAGCCGCAGCCGAACCUACUUCAGGUGCCCGGUGCCGUUGUACCACAGGCCCCUACAUUAUCUACGACAGAUUGUGAGGACCAAGAGGUGGAGCCGCAGACCCUGAUCUCCACCGUGCCAGCUGCCACAUCUGCAAUAUCUGACAGUGGAGUGAGCUCUACCAUGCAUUUAGAUGAUCUCAACAAUCAGCAAGAUGGCCCCUACCAGUCGCUUCCAGAGCCCACUUCCACAACUCAGACGAUCUACAGUCCUCCUGCACAGGUUGAGCCUCAGCAGCACCAGGGAACCUACCAGCAAUCCACAGCACAGGCCUCUCAUGAAACCUACACACAAACAUCCACGCAGUUACAUCAGGGAGCCUACCAGCAAACCACAGGUCAUCUGCAUCCUGGGGCCUAUCAUCAACCUGCAGCACAACAGCAGCAGGGGCCCUAUCAGUCUCAAACAACAGUUUCUGCUCCAGCUACACCAGCCCCUAUAGUGCACCAGAGUAGACAAACAGCAGUGAGCUUCCCAGCUGCAGCCCCCGCUCUACAGCCACAACUUAAUGCCCAACCCAGCCAGGAGCAGUGCCAUCUCCAACCAGCUGCUGUGCUGCCCCAGCUGUUAUCUGUUGAGCAGCCUACAUCUCACCUGAGUCUUCCUUACAUAUCUACCAGUUUUCCACAGUCAGUGUCCAGUUCUCCUUCCCCCUUCCUGCCCCUUCAUAUCAGAACAAAGUUUCCCUCUACAUAUCCUGUUGUUCAAAUAGGUAGCCUCAGGCCCACUUCCUUCCCCCAAGCUCCUCUGCCAUUUUCCUACAGCAGCUGUGGCCCUCUUAUGUCUAGCUCCCACUACUCACCAUCACCCCACCAUCCCUCCCUCCCUCCAACCUCUCACACUACCCCGCCAUUUAUACUGACUCUCUGCAGCCCUCAGACCCCUCCGUCCACACCUCAGCAGCUGCCCAUUGUGGCGUCUGUUCCACUUUUUGCCAUGGCCAUGUCCCCUGCACUGCCCCAGCAGCAGGGCGGCCCUCUCACUUCUCAGACAAACAUUGGUAGCUUCCAUACCACCCAUCCUUUACCUCUCUCCCAGGUACAACCCACCCCAUAUCCCGCCCCCUACCUUGUGCAGGAACUGGCUCAGCCGCCUGUCCAGGUGAAUAUUUGGCUCAGUUCUCACUGUAAUGGUUGGGUCAUGGCUAAUCUGUUAUACUAAGGUGGAAAUAUGAUUCCGACUCCUCUGUGGGGAAGUGGAGUAGAUGUCGAAACCCCUUCAGCAGGCCAAGACUUCACUGUUGCUCCAACAGUCCCAGCUCCAGUCCAAGCCCCAGCCUCAAUCUCAGCUACAGCCCAAGUUGAAACUCAAGCUCCAGCUCAAACUCCCACUCUGGUCCCAGCACAAAACCAACCACCUAUAUCAGCUCAAACUGCAGUAAUGCCUCAAACUCCAGCUUUGACAGUUGUUAAUGCCCCAACUUCAGUCCCAAUAGCAAUGCAAACCACAACCUCCGCUGCAGUUCAAGCAACAGCCUCUGCAUCAGGUCUCAUUUUUGAAUCACCAAAAGGCUCAUCUACAAGCUCAGAUACAUCUUAUGCACUUGGUAAACCCAAACUCUCAGUCCCAAGUUUAAGCUCCACCCCAAUGUCAGACCCGGCUCCUGUCGCAUCUUCAGUCCCAGCCCAAUUUCUGCAGCCUGCUGGCAUCCAGACAGCAGUCUCAGUGUCUGAGUGUGCCAGCCAGGCCACAACUCAGCAAAACUUCGAUUCGACAUCUUCCUCUAGCACCCUUCAACAAGAGCCCUGUGUAGAGGAGGUGUUUCAAGACAAACCCGGAUCUUUACCGAGUUAUACUUAUGACAGUCUCAACUCUGAUGUGGCAUCUGGGAAGGAAACAAGUGACGGCUAUGACAGCUUGGCUAGUGGAGGAAAGGGGGACGGAAAACCCCGGAAACAUCACCGCAAGUCUGCCCGCACCCGCUCCCGUCAAGAAAGGACCAGCAAGCCCAAACUGAGCAUGCUCAAUGUUUGCAACACUGGUGAUAAAAUGGUCGAAUGCCAGCUGGAGACUCACAACCACAAAAUGGUGACAUUUAAAUUUGAUCUGGAUGGAGAUGCUCCAGAGGAAAUUGCCACUUACAUGGUAGAGAAUGGGUUCAUCCUACUGUUAGAGAAAGAGAUCUUCAUUGACCAGCUAAAGGACAUUGUGGAUAAAGCUGAAGACAUGCUGAAUGAAGACUUGGAGGGUGAAAGGGCCUCUGCCUUGAGUUGUAGUCCUGAACAAGGCCAGAUUUCUGAGGGGCUGGUAGGAGAGAGUCAGCUGCCUGGAGCACCUCAGCCUGUGUAUCAGCAGAAUGUUCUUCAUACAGGAAAAAGGUGGUUCAUAAUCUGCCCCGUUGAGGAGACAUCCAGCCAGGAGACCCCAACUGACGGUACAGCUACACAGUCUCCUGGGAGUUCAGCCACUACCCAUCCUGCUGACAGUGGCACCGCAAGGCCGUCUGCAUCCAGAGAAGACGGCUCGUCCUCCACAAUGUCUGGUGGAAGUGGUGGCUUCACCUAUGAUGUGUAUGGAUUCUGUAGCCCUCCGAUAAUGUCCAACACAGACCCUCUCCUCUUAGCUAUCCUGUCCCCCCCUGUGUCUGCUCCCCCGACCCUUCAGUCAGUCCCAGCGGUGGAGCCUGCGGGCGGCUCAGUGCAGUCCAGUGGUCAUCAGGCCCAGCCGUCCCCACAUACGUCGUUACCUGUGGAUGAAUCUCGAGGAUCCCCUCUGGGCUCCAUCUCCCCGAUCCAUGCAGCUCAGCAGAUGCCCGACAUGACAUGUCCUGUUUCUAUGGCUGACGAGGUGCCCUGCUGCCCUCUGGUCAUGCCCCUGUCUCUGGAUGUGAGUGGUUUACAGGGUGGGUCUCCUCUCACUCCUCUUCCUAUCCAGGAGCCAGGUUCAGCCAAAGAGCCGCUGUCCGUCUCCUAUGCCUCUGCAGCGCGCAGCGAGCGCCCCCAGCAGCCCGUGGUGCUGCACCAGCCUUUUUCCAGCGUCGGAGGGACCAAAGUGUCCUCAGUACCCCAGAGCCCAGCGCCAUCCCAGCACGGCACAGGGCCCGGUGAGUCAGACGGUGAAGGACGUCUGGGCCGCGGGGGCUUUGUGGACAGCACCAUAAAAACUCUGGAUGAGAAACUAAGGAACUUGCUCUACCAGGAAUAUGCUCCCAUGUAUCCAUCGGGCAGUGCUGCAGAGACACCGGGCUCCUGCACCGAGUACAUCCAGUCUCCUCCUGGUCCAGACAGUGCAAUGGGAGGGUCAGGAAACAGCACGCCAGGGCCAAUGGGGGAGGGACGCUACAGGGCAGGAGAACAGCUGCCUCAAAUUCCAGAGAGAAUGGACAGUUUGAGCACACUGAGUGACUCCGCCGUGUGUGCUUCCCUGUCAAGAAGACACGUUCCUCACUCUGCUUCCUGCUCUGGAACAAGAGGCCGAUUUAAGAUAAUGUCUGUUCCUCCUGAAGUGGCCAACAGACGAGAUGUGAAGCAGAGGAGCUGGAGCAGUGCUGCCUCACCGGCACACCCCAUAGGAUACAGUGAGGACCAUAUCCAGGCAGAGGCCAUGACUGCAUCCACCACGAUUGGUCGUUUCUCUGUUGUUAGCACUGAAGAUGACAUCACACAGAGGACACGUUGCAGCCGCUACUCUGCCCCGCCUGAUUUCUACCUGGACACACCUCCAUCCAUGGCCAAGCGGGGCUCCCUGCCACGCGCCCUGACCUCGAACUCUGUCGCUGUGGAUGUCACGGUCCAUGCUCGUUUCCUCUCCUCAGACUCAGGGGCUGAGAGCAGCCCUGCUAAGCUGGCUCCUGCCACCCCGUCUCAACACACGCGCUCUGAGCGCAGAGGAAGUGACCUCAUGAAGAGGGCCGUGGCCUUCCUCCGUCGCUCAGGGCGCAGCAGCAGUGUGCAGAGCUCUGACUCACCGAGUAGGCAUGGAGGCGUGCACGGCUCGGCCUAUGCCAGCAGCGACAAUGACUCAGAGAUGGAGGACUCGGACAUGAAGAGGGAACUACAGAGACUCAGGGAGAAACAUCUGAGGGAGAUCUCUGAGCUGCAGGCCCAUCAGCGGGGGGAAGUGGAGCUGCUGUAUCGCCGGCUUGGCAAAGCCCCUCCUACUGGCCUGGGUCUCUCACAUGUUGCACCACACGCCGGCCGAAGGAAGAGGUCUAGCAAGCACAGACUAAAGCCUGGCAAGCUUCUCAGCCCUCUGGUUCAGCAAUUUCGAAAUGUCACGACCAAAUCUAGUGACUCCAGCAGAUCCAGUGCUGCUACGGGUACAGGUGAGCCCACAGUGAGUUUAAAUGGCUCUCCAGCCAAAGGGUCUGUCCCCACUCACGGCAGGGCACGCUCAUGCACCAGCCACCUCCCCAGCUCAACCUCUGAGCCCGUGCAGACUCAGCAGCCCUGUUCCCUCAAGGGAUCUUUGUCUUCUGAUAAUAUUUAUGCUGGACUACAUGGAGAUGGCACCGGCAUACAAGCUCCACCCGGACAAGGUAACCACGAGCAACGGGUGUUUCAUUGCUGGUCUAAUCACCCUCAAACAUCUGAGAGAGUGACCUAUAAAUCGAGUAGCAAGCCACGAGCUAGAUUUCUCAGUGGGCCUGUGUCUUUGUCUAUCUGGUCAACACUGAAGCGUCUUUGUCUUGGUAAAGAACGUGGCCACAGGUCUGGUGCUGGGCCAGGGGCUUUCAAUCCAUCACAGCCGCCUACAGGUGCCACACCGCCUUCUCAUCAGCCAGUGAUGGGACUGGCCCAAGCACAGGCCAAUAACAGCAACAACAAGACGGGCACAUACACUGGCUCAUCAAUGAGUGCCAAUGAAAACAACCUGCCUGAAGACUUGCAGCGGCUGAUGGAGGACUGGGCCCAGGAGGUUCUUAUCGUAACCCACAGGCCACGCACCAACUCUCUGAGCAUCAGUGGGCAGCACUUCUGGAAUCAGGAUGAGCCUCGAACACUUGGACAGCUGGCUAGUGCUUCUGAUGUGAGUUUCAUGCUAGUAUCAUGGACAGCUGCGGGUCCAGAGGUCUGCAGUCUUCCCAUGUCGUGGCCUGAUGGCCCGGUGUCAACAACGAUAACCAGCCUUUCCACAGGGCCCCAUCCCAGCUAUCAGCUACACCCUCCUGCUCCAUUUAGGGCCUUGUCCUCGCCUCUCUCCGUUAGCCAGUGGCCUGGGUUGCUCUUCCCCCUUCCAUCUGGAGUCUUUGCCUUUCCUGGCGUGCCCUCGGCCCAGGACGCCCCCAGCCCCAUUCCAGCUCCAUCAUAUCAGCCACCAGACCCCAAAGCCAGGACUCUCUAACAAGAGUAGCAUUGUGUCUUCCAACUCCGUUACCAAAAAGAAAUGUCAUCGUAGGUCCAGUCAAUUGUAUGUGAAUAUACUGUAUAUAUUUAACUGGCAUGUAUCCAAUCAUAUGUACAUACUUGUCUCCAUUAGUUUUUAUGCGUUUUAUGUUAAUUGUUUGAUUUGCAUCAACAUACCUCAUGUCUAUAUUACAGUACAUAAUCAUCGAGUGCAGUGUAAUCGUAGUAGUACAUUUAACGAUGUAUAAUAAGCCCAAUCAGACUAAGAAGAGCAGAUUUUUGUUAUUGCUAAGAAAUGUACCAUACCACUCAUUGAAUGCUCAUAAUGUAGUGUUCAUUCAUGGUACGUUUAUUUAAAUAGUUCAUGUUUGUGUUACACAAAUCAUCCCUAUAUAGGAGAUGCCAUGUGUAUAUAUAUAUUAUUCCCUGUUUGUCUGUACAUAGCUAGUUUGUACAGUUAACAUUAGAUAAUCCAUUGGUCGGUGCUGCAGAUAUGUGUCUUAAUGCAACACCUUGUUAACCACCAUCAUGCCGUCACUGUGAAGACUUGACAUCCUGGUCACUAGGACCAGUAGCUUUCCUCUGCGCUCUCAGUCCAAGGAGAGGUUUCAUUCUUCAUCGUUGAAAUGCUUCCAGCACAAGCGCUUGAAAUAUCCUUAAGAGAUUUUAAUGAACUUGAAUUUUAUCUUCAGGUGAAAAAUCACCUGUGAGAGUGCCUUGAAUUGCAGUUUCAGUUUUAUGAAGAGAAGCAUUUAGAUUCAAAGCAGACUCUAGAUAUUCUAUAUAUGCUUUCACCUCCAAAGGUAAAUUAUGUGAUUUGAAUAAUGAAUGUCAAUUGACCCAUAUUUACUUUAGCAACAAAACAUAACUAAACACUAUAAUCUGGUCAUGUUGCAGUUCAUAAAAUAUCCUGGAUUGUAAAACUAAAUAUUGUUCACUGAAGUAAUUUGCCUGUGCAAUUGCUCCGCCACCUUCACCACCGCCUGCAUGAAUACAUUGAUAUUCUGAAUGUGCACAGGUUGAAGUGGUGAGUUACAAGAAGAUGUUGUUAAGAUAAAUUGACAUUGAGACCAUACGAUAAGGAGGGCUGAAUGACUCGACAUUUGAGUCAGAAUCCUAAUCAUACCAUACCUCUACUAAUGCAGUCUGUAGCUUUACAUAUGGUUGCCUUUGUGGUUUUUACGAGAUAACUGGCUGUUUAAUAAAUGUUGAUGAUAUUGGGACGUUAGAGGUACAUGAAGAAUGUUUGGGAGAAGUUUGACAUGUUAUUUGUAUAAUGCAUAGGUUUUCUAAAUUAUGUUGAUUCAAUGCUGGCCUCACAAGAUCAUCUGGCUCAUACAGCUAAUUGUAUGUACUAUGGCUGACUUAAUUCAAAGAUCUCCAACAAAUAUAGGCUAUCACGCUAUAAGUUAUUUAAAGUUCUGCCUCAAACACCACACUUUCAACACUUGCUUCUCUUGUAUAACUUUUCUUAGCAUAUUUCCCUCUGAAGAAUAGUUUGUUGAAUGCACCAAUCUGUUGAUGUAUUCUGGUAAAACUAAGCAGUGUCAAAAAACUACGCAGUCCAGAAAUAAGUUGGGUGUAUUGAUCCAGACAGAGUAUGGGUCAAACUCCAGAAAUGCUGUAACCUACAUUUCAAAUAAUGCAACUCAAUAACAUCUUUGACAUCAUCAGGAUUAUUUUAAAAAAUAUUUCAGAGCCACAUUAUACAACAGUGGAAGUAAUAAUGAGUAAACUGGACUUAAUGUAUACAAAUGGUGGAAUGCCACUUUAAAAACCUUCCAUGUUUGCACAAUGUUACAAUAUUUAAAUUUAAACUGAAUAUUUUGUCUUAAAAGCAGAAUUUCUUCCAUGAUGAAAUGUUGAUUGUUUUUCUUUUUCCUGAGAGCAUCUCCUAUGCAGCUAUAUUCGUUGUGCUUUACACAGUAAUUCCUAUAUUUGAUCUCUUUAAUGCUUGCAAUGAAAGCAAGGUGUAUGGUUCCUUUAUCCUGCUGUAUCACCUGUUUUCCCCGCCAAUUCCUGACCUAGUCAGAUCAGUGCAUUUCACAAAAGCUGUACAUACUUGAA